AUGGUUUCGUUAGGUUCAUUCUUUAUAAUAUACUUGCUUGGUGGAGUUACCUUUAUUCCAAUUGUAAUAUUGCUUAAUCUCUUGAUAAUUCGUCGACCUUGGACUUCAAAAAAAGUUGAGGAAAUAAAAUUUGACGACGUAUCCCAGGAAAUAAAGGAUUCUUCACUGGAGAACGAUAAAUCUCCCGAAGAUGACUCGAACUUUUACAAAGUAGGUUGGCUUCGUGUCACCAAGGAGCAUGAGACAAGCACCGCAACACAGAAUGGAUCAACAUUUGGCAAUAUCGUGAAAUCCUUUAUGGAAGGGAAGAAUGCACAGGUGAAAAGACCCAAGGAUUCGUUCUUCGCGGUGCUCAAAUAUAAUACCCUCUUCAUGUAUGACAGCGAACGACAAUUGGACUGCAAAGGAAUUAUCAUUGUUUCCAAUCAUGAUGUAUCGAUGUAUCCAGAGCAUUUACCAGAUAACGAAAUCUUUCUAAAAAAUACAUCCAUCAGACUCAAAAAAAAAAUGUCAAUUUGCGCGGACAUGGCGAUAGAAGCUGAAAGCUCAAAUUAUUACCUGUUCUGUAGUGUGGGUGUGGACAAAGAGGAUUGGUAUUUUGCGUUGCAAAAGUCUUCGAAAUUAGAAUUUCACUCUCCGGGACCACAACCACAGGUCGUCAAAGAUAAGGCCCAAUUCGAUCAGUAUACGAUGAAUCAUCUUCUGAAGACCCUUUAUUCGAGCGAUGAUCACAUUCAGACUCAAUGGUUAAAUGUGAUCUUGGGUCGCAUAUUUCUUUCUGUUUACAAGACGCAAGUGGUUAAAGAUUACUUUAUAAGAAAGCUGGUAAAAAAGGUAAAGAAAGUAAAGAAACCAAAUUUCUUAAGUGACAUACUGAUAAAGUCUGUAGAGGUUGGAGACGGUGUUCCCUACAUCACCAACCCUAGGUUGGUCGAUCUAAACGCUAACGGUGAGCUAAACGUGGAAUUGAACCUUGAUUAUUCCGGUGGAUUUCGUGUGGAAAUUGAGACCGAGGCAACUAUCAGCGUUACUCGACUCAAACCCAUCAAAUUCCCGCUCGUUCUCGCCGUCGUGUUAAGGGGACUGCAAGGGAAGAUGUUGCUGCGUAUCAAAGCACCACCCACCAACAGAAUAUGGCUAGGAUUUUAUGAGAUGCCAAAGUUGGAUUUGUUGAUUGAGCCCAUAGUUUCAGAAACACAAUUGAAAUUCUCACUAAUCACCAACGCUAUCGAGUCCAAAAUUCACGAGAUGAUUAUGGAUUCUCUGGUCUUACCAAAUAUGGACGACACUCCAUUUUUCGUUAGUUUCGGAAAGGGUGGCGUAUUUGAAGAGCCUGAAAGCCAAGGGGACGAGGUAGAAACUGUUCCUCCGGUAAGUGUAAAACCCGAAGAGGAUGAAGAAGAAAAAUCGGACAAUCAAGUCAACAAAACCGCUGUUGAAGAAGAACCCGAUAAUACCAGCCCAUCUUCUGCCAAGCCGGAGCCCGAUUCGUCCACGUCAUGGAGGCCAACAAAAUCAAGAAUAAAUAGGACAUUAACGACAUUACACGAAUCCCUUAGUGAUCCUAAUUUACUUAGAUCCAAUUCCAAAUUAAGAUCCCUCAGUAAACAUUUCAAAAGCAGGAAUGACGAUUCAUCGAGAGUAAACGGCACAACCUUGACAACUUCCGGCAGUUCAGAAGAAAUCACUGACGAGCCGUUGUCUUCCGAUACUCUUAUUCCUGCGAGUCAACCGACAUCAACCCUCAAAAAAUGGGGGCAGGCGGUGUCAAUUCGUAGACGAACAUCCAGCAUGGGAAUUAAAGGAAUACUUAACCAUAAUCAUAACGAAUCUGAUAUACAAAAAGUGCCCUCUAAUUCUAUUGAUGCCAUUAAUUCCACAGCAAUUACCUCGGCGGCGAUAGAUGUGAGCAAACGAAAUUCUGCGCCGGUACUAUCAGACAGUUCGUUUCUGUCUCCCGAGCAGGUUGCACCAACACCGACGCCACCACCUUCUCCACCAAAGUCUCCAAAAGAUCUCCCGGAAUUGAUUUCGUCAUCGGAUCCAUCUAAUGAAAUUGACGCAACCACAACUAAGUACACAUCAUCAUCACAAUCGUUACCAUCAAGUUUCAAAUUUAACACCGGCGAUCAUUCGCCGACAACGGACGAUGCCAUAAAACUAUCUAGCGCGUUGCGAUAUGACGACGAAAAUGACGGAUCAUUCAAUAAGGUGGUUUCAAUUAUCAACGCACCGGUGGAAGAGUUGAAUCAGGUUUUAGGAUAG